GUACCGCAUUGUUGUUGGGGGAAGAGAAGCCGGAGCUCGGGCAGCCGCGGAGCGCUGCCACUUGUGACUGCCUUUUAACAGUUCUGCCCUUUUUUUUUUCCUUUUUUUUUUUUUUUUUAAUAAAAAAAACAGUCCGGCCCCGUCGCCGUCCGCCCCGGUCACGGUAGAACACCCGGGCCCUGGGCUCCGUCGCCCUGGAUACCCGCCGGCCGCGCUCAAGUCACACGCGGGUCAGCGCGAGCCGCGGCCGCCCGUCGGACGAGCGGACCGAAUGUGGAUCUAGCUGCCGCCUCGCUCCGCAGGCCGCGCCGCCAUUGCUGCCGUCUUUGCGAAGCGGAAUUCGUGGGGCGAAAAGAAAAAGGGGGUCUUUGCUGUUUCAACAUGAAGAAAAAAGGUCGAAAUCACCGGCCGGCUGUGCUGAAGAGGGACUCUUCGCCCAUCAAGCCGUCGCCCAACCGGGAGACACUGACGUACGCACAAGCUCAGCGAAUCGUGGAGCUGGAGGUGGAUGGCCGCGUGCACCGGCUCAGCAUCUACGACAAGCUGGACGUCAUCGGCGAUGACGACCCUAUGGCUCAGGAAAUCAUGGAGUGCAACAGCAACAAGGAGAACAACGAGAAGCCCCAGCAGGUCCUGGUGCGCUCUGUGCGCCUCAAAAACAACCAACAGAAGAAGAACGCGGCACUCAUGGCCUCACACGGCACCAGCGGCUCCCACGGCGGCACCGGCGGCCUGUUGGAGCCAAAAGUUAGAACGGUUGAAUACAAUCUGCCGGUGGUGCCGAAGAGGCCGGCAGCGUAUUACAAAUACACAGAGUGGACGGCGGAGGAGCUGGACGAGGAAGUGGAGUAUGACAUGGACGAGGAAGACUAUGCCUGGCUGGAGCUCAUCAACGAGAAGAGGAGGAGCGAGGGCGUCAGCCAGGUAUCGCACAACCUGUUUGAGUUCUUAAUGGACCGCUUCGAGAAGGAGUCUUACUGGGCCACACAGGGUCAGAGUGACUUGCAGUCGCUGGUGGACGAGGACGCCGUCUGCUGCGUCUGCAUGGACGGAGACGGCGCCGACAGUAACGUUAUACUCUUCUGCGACUCCUGCAACAUCGCCGUGCACCAGGAGUGCUACGGCGUGCCGUACAUCCCAGAGGGCCAGUGGCUGUGCCGCCACUGCCUGCAGUGUCCAUCGCAGCCCGCAGAGUGCGUCUUCUGCCCCAACCGAGGCGGAGCCCUGAAGAAGACGGACGACGACCGCUGGGGUCAUGUAGCCUGCGCUCUGUGGGUCCCCGAGGUCGGCUUCUCAGACACAGUUUUCAUCGAGCCCAUCGACGGUGUCCGCAAUAUACCGCCGGCGCGCUGGAAGCUGACCUGUUACCUGUGUAAGGAGAAGGGCGCAGGAGCAUGCAUCCAGUGCGACAAGAUCAACUGUUACACUGCCUUCCACGUGAGCUGCGCCCAGAAGGCCGGCCUCUACAUGAGAAUGGAGCCGGUCAAAGAGGUGACGGCGUCCGGCGCCAACACCUUCUCUGUGAAAAAGACCGCUUACUGCUGCGGCCACAUGCCCGAGGGCUGUGACCGACGGCCCCUCAACAUCUACGAGGAGUCGCACCCGAAAAAUGGGGCCUGCCACAAGAGGUCCGAGAAGAGGGGGAAGGCACGUGCCAAGGGCUGGCAGAAGAAGAAGAGUAAGAGGGCGGAGCCCGAACCGGAACUGGAACCAGAGACACCCACCAAUGCUGGUCCCAGUAUCACCGCCUCAAGUUUUGACACCAUCCUGAACCAGGUGGCGGUGCAAAGGAAGCGUUCUUUCGUCGAGAGCGUGCUGAGCUACUGGGUGCUGAAGAGGCAGUCGAGGAACAACGUGCCACUGAUCCGCCGGCUGCAGGCAAACCCCCAGCCCCCCAAAGUCAAGCAGAUGGUCGGCGCUGCCGAUGCGCAGCGGCUUCAGAAGGGUGGACCCUCUAAAGCAGUUCAUCCGACCGACCUGAAGCCUGCGUGUCUCCUCCAGGACCGCGCGGAGACGAACCAGGCGCUGAAGGAGCAGCUGAAGGAGUGGCACCGCCUCCGCCAUGACCUGGAGCGAGCUCGCCUGCUGCUGGAGCUCAUCAGGAAGAGGGAGAAGCUGAAGAGGGAGGAGAUGAAGCUGCAGCAGUCGGUGCUGGAGGCCCAGCUGACCCCCUUCAACAUCCUGCUGAGAGCUGUGCUCAGUCAGCUACAGGAGAAGGACCAGUACGGCAUCUUCGCUCAGCCCGUCAGCAUCAAGGAGGUUCCCGAUUACCUGGACCACAUCAAAAACCCCAUGGACUUCUGCACCAUGAGGAAACGCAUCGAUGCGCACGAGUACAGGAGCCUGGAGGAAUUUGAGGUGGACUUCGACCUCCUUAUCGCCAACUGCAUGUCCUACAACGCCAAGGACACCUUCUUCUACAAGGCAGCUCAGCGGAUGCAGGACCACGGAGGAACCAUUCUCCGCCGGGCCCGCAGGGAGACCGAGCGGAUUGGCUUCGACUUUCCCAGCGGCUUGCAUCUGCCUGAAGCGCCAAAACUAGAGGCCCCGCCCCCCUUCUCGUGGGAGGAUGUGGACCGCCUGCUGAGCCCCGCCUACCGACGGCUGACCCCUCUGGAGGAGCAGCUGAAGGAGCUGCUUGAGAAGCUGGACCUGAGCGCAGCAAUGAAACACAGCCCGUCCCGCAGCAAGAGGCUCAAACUGCUCAAGAAGACCAUCAUGGAGGUCCGCAGCGAGAUGAGCCUGAAGAAGUCCCUCCCGCCGUCGCCCGCUGCCCCGGAACCUGGCCCGACCCACACCGAGUCAGACGAGAAACCACUACUUGAACCCCUGGCAGAGCCCUGCGCGCAACCGGAGGAGAAGUCUUCACCUCCACCAACGUUAGACCUUUUGACCUCACCGUCACACCUCAACAUCACGCCCAGCGACUCUGAGCCGCCGCCACUGAAUCCCAUCAAACCCAGCAUGGACCAGACUCCCAUGGAGAUCGAAAGUGACACCUCUACCUCAGUUCCCCCAGACACCCCCAACGGGCACAUCCCAGACCCGCUGCUCCCCAAUGGUGACCUCAACACCGAAGCCUCCAGCGCCUGCAAUCGACGGACCAACAUCCUCUUCCGCAAGUCUAAGAGUGCCAGCCCCCAGAAACCACCCAAGACAGAAGAAGCGUCCGCUGUGCCACCAACGUCGCUGGGCGCUAAAACCUUCCUGUCGGUGGUGAUACCUCGCCUGGAGACACUCCUCCUGCCGAAGAAAAGAACCCGCAGCAGCAGCGCCGACGGGGAGGAGGAAGACGAGGAGUCGCCAAUAAAACGCCUUGGCACAGGAAUAGCGAAUGGUUUUGUGGUGGAAGAGGAGGAACUCCUAGCAUCUCCUCGGCUGGUGGAGCCUCGUCGCCGCUGUGCUUCCGAGUCAAGCAUCUCCUCAAGUGGGAGCAUCCUCUGCGGCACGAGCACCGUCAUCGUGUCAAAAGGUGGCAAAGGGCGGUCGAUGGCGGCCCGACGCAGCACCGUGGAUGACAAGAGCGCGUUGGUGCCCUGCGUCGAGAACGGGGAGUUCACCAAAGCGGCCAAAAUCUCUCCAGAGGUGUGGAAUCCCACUGCUGCUUCUCCAUUUGUUCUGGAGCCUCUUAAACUAGUUUGGGCUAAAUGUAGUGGAUUUCCCUCCUACCCUGCCCUGAUCAUGGAGCCCAGAGUGCGGAGGAAGGGGUGUCAGCACAACGGGGUGGAGCUUCCCCACCCGCCGCUGGACGUUCUCAGAGCCGGAGAGCGGAUGCAGUUCAGGUCCGCAGAGAAACUCUUCCUCGUCCACUUCUUCGACAGCAAGCGCAGCUGGCAAUGGCUUCCUAGAUCCAAGAUGGCUCCCUUCGGGAUCAACCAGACGCUCGAUAGACUCAAGCUGACGGAGGCUCGCUCCUUCCACGUCCGAAAAGCUGUGCGGUUUGCCUUCGACCGAGCCAUGGACCACCUGAACCGCGUCAGCUGCGAGCUGGAGACAGGCGCCGGCCUCGUCGUCACAGACUGAACCGCCCCCCCACCCCGACCCCCCACCAUCAUCCCAUCUCUCCUCUUUGACCUUUCAGCCUUUUGUUUUUAACCCCAACCCUGCAGAGACUCUGUUUCUGCCUCAUACGCACAACAACCACACACACACACUUAGUAUGUUUACUAUAUUCAACAACUGGAUUGUUUUCACGCCUCCCUGCACAUCUGUCCCCUCCCGUCUGAAAUACUGUAGCUUGUGGCGGCUAUCUCGAAUUGUCAAAGAGCUAUGCAAUGAAAAUUACUCGGUUAGCGGGUGCAAAAAGUUGGAAGGAAAAAAACAAACAAAUAUCAUACUUGGGCUGUGAGGACCGAAAAAAAUCACGGGUCUACACCUGUUGAAUGUGUCGGAGUUUGACCUCUGACCUCCUUAAAUGUGCUGCAAGACUGCUGCAACAAUCUCACUGCCAUGAAAAUGUCCAUCAGUGUGCGAGUGCGUGUGUGUAUGUAUGGGUGUGUGAGUGUGAUGGCAGCAGCUCCUGUAAAUAUCCUGUACAAGGUCUGACACUAAUUUAUUCACUCCCUCAGUUUUUUUGCGACCCCGUGUUCAGAUAUUUAUACGGUCGGAGGUGAUGAUCCACGUCAUUGCCGACACUGCUGGUGCUAUCUCUGCAGAGAGACAAAAACAAACAUGCAUACUGUAUUUUUUAUUUCAGACCCCCCCCCCUUUUUUUCUUACUUUUUUUUUUUUUUUUUUUACAGUUUUUGUAACUUAUUGAGUUCCCAAGCUUCAAGUUCUCUUGUAUUUGACAUAAAUGUUUUUGUGUGCAUCUUUUUAUUUUUUUACCUGAAUGUUUUUACUGGACUACUUUUUUUCUUUUCUUUUUUUUCUUCUUUUGUUUGUACAUAUUUAUAUAAAAUCUAUAUAGAAGCUCUCACAGUUUAAAAUGCCGAAAGUGCAUCAUUCACACCAAAAACCAAAAAGAUUUCCCACUAAUGCGUCUGGUGUGGGUUUUUUUUUUAAAUUUUUAAUUUUUCUUUUACAGUUUAGUUGUUUUUCAGGUUUUCAGCCUUUUGUUCGUGUGCUGUGAUGAAUUCAAGUCUUCUGUCAAAUGUCACAGAAUCAUCUUUUCCACAUGAGCUAACCUACAGUCGUCUGUAGGGGAGAAGAGACCGUGCCUGUACUAAUUUAUUGUAAAACAGAAAAUGUAUAUGCAUUACUUUAUAGAGAGAGUAUUGUAAUAAAAUACUAUGGGCACACUCGGAGCCACAAGUAGAGGCCCCUGCUCUUCCUCUGUUGUCUGUGAGUUUUUCUGUUUUUUUAUUUUUUUAUUUUUUGGAUUAAUAGCAUUAAAUCUGAGCGGUGAGGUGAUAGUGUUUGAUGUUUUGUUUUGGCGGGGCAGUGACAGGAGGACUUGCUGUUUCCUUUGGCCCCAUCUGGAUGUGGAUGUUGUGUGUAAAUAUAUUUGGUACUUUAGCUGAUUCUCUGGGAAAAACCACAGUUAUAGCCAAUGGGAGUGGAAACCAGCCGACAGCAGGCCGGUGGGAUUUUUAUACUAAAACACUGAAAAAUUAAAAUAUGUUAUUGAAUCACUGA